AUGGCAAAUUCAGUUCUAGGAGCUAUCAAAACAGUGACUGUGAUUGGAGGUGGUCUGAUGGGUUCAGGAAUAGCGCAGAUUGCGGCUGCAACAAAUCAUCAAGUUAUACUUGUUGAUCAAAAACAAGAAUUCCUUGAUAAAAGUUUAAAUAUAAUCGAAACAAGUUUAAAGCGUAUAGUUAAGAAAAAGUUUGAUAAAGAUCAAGCAAAUGGCGAAACAUAUUUGAAUGAUAUUCGCAGUCGGAUUAAAACAAGUUUAGAUGUCAAGGAUGCUGUUAAAUCAACAGAUAUCGUCAUUGAAGCUAUUAUUGAAAAUCUUGAAAUAAAACAAGCAUUAUUUAAACAAAUCGAUCAAAUUGCACCGAAACAUACAAUUUUUACAAGUAAUACAUCAUCAUUACCAAUAACGGAAAUUGCAAGAGACGUUCAUCGACAAGAUAAAUUUGGCGGUUUACAUUUUUUCAAUCCAGUACCGGUAAUGAAAUUACUGGAAGUGAUUCGUACAUCAUCAACUAGUGACGAAACAUAUCAAGCAAUGUUAAAUUUUGGCAAAGCACUAGGAAAAACAACUGUUUCUUGCAAGGAUACACCAGGUUUUAUUGUUAAUCGAUUAUUGAUACCUUAUCAUGCUGAAGCAGUACGAAUGAUUGAACGUGGUGAUGCUACACCGGAAGAUAUUGAUACUGCAAUGAAAUUAGGCGCUGGUUAUCCCAUGGGGCCGAUUGAAUUAAUGGAUUAUGUAGGUUUAGAUACAUCAAAAUUUAUUAGCGAUGGAUGGCAAAAACGUUAUCCAGACGAACCAACAUUUCGAACAACUGAUUUAAUAAACAAACUUGUAUCCGAAGGAAAAUUCGGUCGAAAAACAGGUGCUGGUUUUUAUAAAUAUUCCAAAUGA